AUGGGUGGUGUUGAUCAUUUUGAUCAAAUGAUGGAAUAUUACAGAACUUGGUUAAAAACAAGAAAAUGGCCACUUAAAGUUAUACUUCACUUACUUGACCUAUCAGUAACAAACAGUUGGUUUGAAUAUUUAGAAGAUUGUAAAAUUAAUAAAGUACCGAAAAAAAAAAUUAAAGAUUUGCUACAGUUCAGAUUGGAAAUUGGUGAUUGCUUAACUAUGGCAACACCGCCACCACCUACAUGUAAAGACACCGAAGAAGAUGGAGAACCACCAAUAAAAAUAAAACCACCCGCACCAGGUGACGAUGUAAGACUCGAUGGAUACCAUCAUUGGCCCUCGAGCAAUGGACCAUAA